AAGGAAAACUUGAGCAUUAACGCACGUAACAGUGAACGAAAGGGUGCCUCUUCCUUCAUUGGAUGAAAGAAAGAAGACUGCAUAUAGCAUGACAAGGAUUGAUGUGUGCAUUUUGCAUGAUUGUAUGCAUUUCUUUUUUAUUACUGAAAAAAAAAAAAUUAGCAUUAAAAGAAAAAUAAUAAAAAAAUUAUAUAAAUAUGUAGAAGGAUGUAAUGAAAUUAUGGAAUAUGGAAAUAGGAAAGAAUGCUGGAGGAAUAUACAGCCCGCGUGCAAGGGGGAUAUUUGCCAGUCGAGUAGGAGAACGAAAGGGUGGAAUAAGAAAAAAGGGAUAUAGAAAGAAAGAAAGGGGUGAGUUUUUAUACAGACAUAUAAGUAAAAAAAAAAAAGAAAAAAGAA